CCCCAGCACCGCCAGUGAGUGGUGGAGUGUAGUGGUGAGUGUCGCAGCACCGCAGCUCAGACAGCACACAUACUCGGUGGUGAUAGCACUGGCCCGCUCCGCUGCCUCGCCACACGCCGUCACUCGCAACUCAACUGACGCCGGUACUGCUGGCCCCUCGCCCCUCGCCCCUCGCCCCGCCACACUCAGCAGUAACAGCACUCCGCCAUGGAUCACAUCCUGCCGUCCGACGACUGGGACCUGGACUGCCUGCUGCAGGAGGCUUUCAUAUCAUUGCCGGACACCUGCACCGACGACGCCUCCUCCAGCAGGGCCAAGCUGCAGAACCUGCACCACCCCGCCACGCUGCACUACCCCGGGGCCACGCCGCCUCCCGGCCACUCCUCGCCCACACCUCAGCUCAUGCUGGCGCCCGAAGUCAACCUGACAUCAUGGCACCAGCUGCUGCCGCCCCAGGUGAGCAGUGACGCGGCGAGCCAGGCACCGCCAUCCCUGCCGCUGCAGGACCCGUCCCACACACAGGACAUCUUCCACCAAGCACAUUUCGCCCUGGCACCGCCACACACUCCGUCCCCUGGGUUGUAUGGAGCACAGAGCCUUCCCCAGGCGUCACAGGGUCUCAACCAGGCACCACAGAGGGUUCCCCAGGAGCCACAAUCGCCAUGGGCCCUGCAGGACGCCCCGGGUAUGCAGCAGAUGCCGCUGGGGCUGGGCCACGAGGUCCCUGGGGACUUCCCGCUGCCGCCCUCGCCAGUGGAGGUGCUACGACAGUCCAAGGCCGGGGUGAGUGGGGCAGGCAGCGCUCCAGCCUCCCUAGCGAGGCAGGGGGCCUCGAGGCGGGGGCGGCGCACCUCACACACGCCGCGGGAGAAGCUGUACCAGCGCACAGAGCGCUUCGAGGACCCCGUGAAGGAGAAGAAGCGCCAGGACGCCAUCAAUUCCAAGAAGAACCGUGACCGCCGCGCCAAGGAGCUCAACGAUCUGCGCGUCAAGGUGGAUCGCUUCACCAAGCACCGCGACAACCUGCUGCAGGAAGUGCACAACCUGCGCCAACGGGAGGCCAACCUGCUGUGCCAGCUGGACAACGCUCCCACUUCCCCCGCCCACCACCGCGCCCUCAGCCCCGCCCAUCCCUUCCCUCCCUCUCCAGCUCCGACACCUGAGCAGGCUACGACUCCCUUCACGCCCAGCACGCCCUCGCCGCUGCACCCCGCCAGCGCAUCACCGCCGCCAUACCACGCCCAUCAUAUCAUCCUCACCUCGCCACACAUGCCCCCCACCCCACCCUCCGCCCACCCGGCGGAGAAGAAGCCUGGCCAAUGAGGCACCCCGCGGCUGAGGAUGAGCGGCAUCCCGCGGUGCCGCGCCCUGGGACCUGGCUAGUGAUGUUGCAACUGCUGUGUUACCAAGCUUGCCGCUCCGCCCACGCCACCUCCGCCAUGGGUGGUGUUGUUGUAGUGUUAAGACAUACUGUGCUGUGCUUCAUGUCAUAAACUGUGCUCAAUCGAAAUAUAUCUCAGACUUUUAUAGUAA